CUUUCGAAUCUAGGGUAUAUAAGGCCCCAAAUCCGUCUCCCUCUCUUCUUCAAUCCUCUUCUCCUCUCCUCUCAGAGCUGAGCACAGCUCCCGCGAUUCGGAACCUCACUCGGAACUCGAACCCCACUCGACGUCGCUCAUCAUCCAAGGAGCGAGAAUGGCGACGUUCGAACUGUACAGGAGAUCGACGAUCGGGAUGUGCCUGACGGAGACAUUGGACGAGAUGGUUCAGAACGGAACUCUUACCCCUGAGCUCGCCAUUCAAGUCCUCGUCCAGUUCGAUAAGUCCAUGACUGACGCUCUGGAAUCUCAAGUGAAAAGCAAGGUUUCCAUCAAGGGACACCUGCACACGUACAGGUUCUGCGACAAUGUGUGGACCUUCAUCUUACAGGAUGCGAUGUUCAAGUAUGAUGAUGGACAGGAGAAUGUGGGCCGUGUUAAGAUUGUUGCCUGCGAUUCGAAGCUACUCACUCAGUGAGAAGGCUGCAGUUUAGUGGCAUAUUAUCUGCUCGAAUGGUAUGAACGUCCAUCCCUAGCCGACCACAGGAUUGGUCAUCUUGUUGAACAUAAGAUGUAAAGGCAUCAAACCUUAGCCUUGUACUUUUUCAAAUGAUAGUUAAUGUAUGUAUCUCUCCGGUUGUCUUGACGAUUACAUCCUAUCAUGAAAUUCAUACAGUGCGGUCCAGUAUAAUGCUAGCCUUCAAUGUUGCAUUUGUUAAUAGA